ACACAAUACGAAAAAUUGAAGAAAUAAAAAAACGACAACUAGAGGAGACAAAAAAAUUGGAGAACACAAAAUACGUAAACUACAGAAAAUUAAAACGACCGACGCCAUGUUCAAGAAACUGAAGCGAAUGUCUUCUGUGUCCCUUCCUGACUUCAUCGCCUCGAGAAUUAGGAAACGUGGCGUGGACAAAGGUCACCGCCCUCGAGUGGCUAACCUGCGUCCAGGAUCCCCCGCCCACCGCUCAGACGCCCUAAGUGUCGGCGAUUACAUCCUGGCGGUGAAUGGCAUCAAGACACACGCCCUCACUCACGCCCAGAUCGUCUCCCUCCUCAAAAACGCGGGAGAGAAGGUCGAUCUGGAAGUCGAAUAUGAAAUCCCAAAUUCACCGGUGCAAGGGAGCGGGUGCGUGGUGGGGAGGACGGUGGACGUGGUUUUGGAGAAGGAGGAAGGGAGCUUCGGGUUCACGGUUCGCGGCGGUUCGUCUCAUGAUGCUACGAAGACUCGACCCCUCGUUAUCACCCACGUCAGGCCGGGGGGUCCCGCUGACAGGGAGGGCACGAUCAAAGCCGGAGACCGCCUCGUGACUGUGGACGGCCGGGACCUGACGCGUGUGUCCCUCACCGAAGCUCAGGAGACACUGAGGAGGAUCGAGCGCUCUGCCACGCUCACCGUCGAGUAUGACGUGUCCGUGAUGGAGAACGUGCGGGCGUCGGGCGGGCCGCUGCUGGUGGAGAUCGAACGUGCCCCGGGAACGUCCCUGGGCAUCACCCUCACGCACGCCCACCCGGACCCCAACGCCAUCAUCAUAGAGACGAUUAGGACGGCCAGCAUCGCCGAGAGAUGCGGCGCCCUCUGCGUGAACGACAUCGUGGCGGCCAUAGACGGGACGAGACUCGAUCAGCUGACUGUGGCUGAGGCAGCGCAGUUGCUGAAGACGGCGUCGGGUUCACACAUCACCCUCGAGAUCAUACCGACGCCAGCCUCUCAGCCGAGGAUGACCUUCAGGAGAGGUGAGAUCCAAAAACCCGACGGAGGAAUUCUCUUGCAGGCGGGGCGUGGCAUUCCCACACCUCUACGGCAUCGCAGGAAGCAGCAGCGGCUACAUGAGCGGCGGCGGCGGCAGCGGGGGCUACAUGUCAGGGGGGUCAAGCUACAACACAUUGGCCUCGCAGCGCCCAAGGCUCUGCAUGAUCUCCCGGCAUUGUUACUAGAAAUAGAUUCACACAUUCACUCCACUGUGCUGUUGGUGCAGUGGUUAGCGUUCUCGUCGAGCAAGUUUGCUGACGUGCGGUCCGUCUCGUCCCACACCACCGGGGGGCAGCGUGGGGUGGCGUUGGGAGUCUGGGGUCACCAGGAGUGUCUGACUCCACCUCAUCCUUCGGACCCGGACACUUCACUACCGGUCAUCGCGGCUAUAGAUCCCGGAGGCCCAGCUGACAAAUGCAGCGUGAUAUGCGUGGGCGACCGCCUGAUGGGCGUGAACGGGCGUAGCGUCGCUGGCCUCGGGGUGAGCGAAGUGACGCAGAUGGUUGCCAACUCUCGCCCGACUGUCACCCUUGACGUCGAGUUUGAUGUUGCUGAUUCAGUCGUUCCUUCUUCCGGAACAUUCGCGGUGAAGUUAGCGAAGAGACACAACGGCCUUGGAAUUACACUGACUGCAGGGCGCAGAGGGGGAUCCGGUGAACCCCUUUUGAUCAGCGAGGUCGUCCGUGGGUCCCCUGCCCACAGGUCGGGCACCAUGCAACCGGGCGACCGUCUCCUCGCCAUUGACUCUACACGACUAGAGCACCUCACCUUGGAGGAUGCUAGGGCCAUCCUUCAGUGCUGUGAUGAUAUUGUGACUCUGCGAGUUCAGAAAGAUGAACUGUAUUCAGAGGAGAGCGGUAGUCUGGUGGUAUACACGGUAGAGCUGGUACGACACGGGGGCGCCCUUGGGAUAACCAUCUCCGGCAGCGAAGAGCCCUUUGACCCCAUUUACAUUGCGGGUCUGGCGCCAGGUGGGUUAGCAGACCGCACUGGUGCCAUCCACGUAGGUGACCGCCUUCUUGCAAUUAAUGGUGCCUCUCUCCGGGGGAAGCCUCUCAGUGAGGCCAUAUUGAUGCUCCAGAAUUCUGGUGAUACCGUCACAUUAAAAAUUUCCCGGCCUAGGGAUUCAGGUGUUCCAAGUGAAGAGCUGACACGAGAAGACUGGAUGGGACGUUUUGGUCCUGCAAUCCCGUCUGUGGACUCGGCAGUAGAGUCCUGGGACAGUUCUGGCAUGGACCCUCCUCCUCCUGGCUCUACUCCAGCAUUAUCUAAAAGGGAUUCUGGAUCUGAUAUUGUCUUUAGAUCAGAUUGUGGCAGUACUGUCAGACGAAGAGCUGGAGUCGAUGGCCGUGAAGAAGUUGGCAUUAGCAAUGCAGCUGAUGCAGAUGGUGUAGAAGGAUCAACAAGAACAGAGGAAGAAGUCAGAGAUGCUUGGCGGUCUCCUUCUCCCCCGCCAUCAAUUGACAGUGGGCAGUCAGAAGAUAAAACGGAUUGGGACAAGAUGAUUGCUGACCUCAACCAGAUAAGUGAGAGUUGCGGUCUUCGAGAUCAUCGUCAGUCUCCUACGAUACUGCUUCCCCAUGGACAUACAGGUACAGUAAUCCAACGUAAAAAAGAUGUACGGGCUGGUAGUGAAGCUCCCAUGCCUGAUGUAGGGUCAGCACCAGAACCAUCUCGAACCCAAACUCUGUCGACUCGCAGACGUCCAGCCUGUCCAGCGACGAGUACAAGCAGUAAUGGGAGUGAACCAAAAGAAGAAGGAAGCUAUUCCAUUAGCAAUGCUGCUUUAACAUACACAGCAACAUAUUCAAGAACAGCUUCACCACCACCAGGUGGUGGGCAUGUUUACCAAGUGAACCUAAUGAAAGACCGUGUAUAUGAAGACUUUGGAUUUAGUGUGUCUGAUGGUCUAUACGAAAAGGGUGUGUAUAUUAACAGGAUCCGAAAAGGAGGUCCAGCUGAUAGAUCUGGGAUGCUACAGCCUUAUGACAGAAUCUUACAAGUGAAUGACACGCGGACCCAUGACUUCGACUGCUGCCUAACUGUUCCCUUGAUGGCUGCUGCAGGAGACCGUCUGGUGCUUGUUGUGUCACGGAACCCACAUGCCAACCCUACACUUGACUUCUCCUCAGAUAUUCAUUCUCCAACGUGGCAUGAUAUUGAUGAAGGAGAAGAAGAUGAAGCUAUGGGAGAAAAAGACGAGCUUGGGGAUCGAGAGUUAGAGUCGUAUUCUUCACCCACACCAUCCUUUACUCCCAUACCAACGAUCCUCAAGACUCUGUGAGCCGUUAGUCUCAUACCCCAUAAAGAGAAUGGUGUAUCCUACUCCAUUUUUUGCUGUAUUUAUUUCAUUGAUCCUUUUUGGUUUUUGAAAGUGACUGUGAAUGCGUUGUAAACAUAUGUUUUAUAUGAGAGAGAUAUUACUUUAUUUGGGUAUUUGUUAAGAGAAAGGCAUUUUUUGUGUCUUCAUCCUUAGAUUGUAGUCAUAGGUUUGUAGAUUUUUGUUUCAUUUGUGUCUACAUGCCUUCUACAUGAGGUAACUUUUCCUAUCGGCUCUAGGGCACAUCUGUGAAUGCCUGGUUGACAGACAUCAGGCUAAGUUCACCCUUUCUACUCCCCACAAACCACUUAUGCUCUUGCCCUGACAAGAGAAACACUUAUUUAGCAUGUUUUAGUUCAGGCACACUUGCAAAUUGUCAGAAUGUCUUCAGUUAUUCCCUGGUGUGCCUUGGUGUGUCACCCACACAUCCAGAGACAAACCCAAGAGAGGAUAAGUUGCAGCAAAUAUUUUAGAAUUAAAAGACUUCAGAAUUCAAGAGAUACUUAAUCAUCACAAUAAAGGAUAUUACCAUUUUGAAAGAGACAGUGCCUUGUUAUAAUGUACAUUUAUAGAUUUCUAUUAUCUGUAGAAUAAAAUAAAGGAUGUGUAUAUUCUUGAGGUUUUUAGCAUAUCAUGGUGUGAAUUUUUUAUUUAUAUUUUUUCCUUGUAAUAUAAAUAAAAGUUUAGUCUAAUGGUUUAGCAUAUCUUGAGGGGAAGCAAGUAAUAAAAUGUUUUUAGAAUCUUUUUAUUGAAAAACUUCUACUGCAUUUAUAAGACUAUAUUUAAAAAUGUGAUUAUCAUGUCAUCUAUCAUUCAGCAGUGGGAGAAACUCUUCUGGCCUUAUUUUUUCUGAAAUUACUAUAUUGUCAGUUUAUAUUACCAAAUAUCAUUCAUAACAGUUCUCAUAAUAUAUGUCAUUGUAUAACUGUGGUGCUUUCUUCCUCCAUAACUGUUUGUCUUUGUAUUUUUACAUAGACUAUGAAAUACUGAAAUGCCUUGUCAAAGAAACCUGCUUCAUUAUAGUCUACAUUCAUGUAUUUAUGCAAAGAAUUCUAUCAUUUCACAUGCGUGUGUGCUUGUGAGUGUGAGUGAGUGUGAGUGUGAGUGUGAGUGUGAGUGUGAGUGUGAGUGUGAGUGUGUGUGUGUGUGUGUGUGUGUGUGUGUGUGUGUGUGUGUGUGUGUGUGUGUGUGUGUGUGUGUGUGUGUGUGUGUGUGUGUGUGUUGUGUGUGAUUGUGUGUGUGCAUCUGUGUGUAUGUGUAUGAGCAUGCAAUUAGGUGGGUUUGCAUGUGUUGCAUGAAUGUUGGUGGAUGUAAGCAUAUGCAUCUGGAUGUGCAUGCCUGUGUUCCUGAUUUACAAAUCUGUGAGAUUGUCAAUCCCAUUUUACCUUAACCUUAACUAUACUUAUGCAUACUGUCUCAUGUGCGUUUACACAUUUAUAUAUAGCCAUUAUAUGUAUAUAUAAAAUUAUCACACCCAUCACUAAUCUUCCCAGCUUUUCUUACAGUUUUCUAGUAUUUUUGAAACAGAUACCUGAAUCUAUUUUACUGACGAUGAGCACUGGCUCUAAAACUAGCCAGAGGAUGCCGAGGGUUAAUAUGUAUUUCACCCUAGUCAUGUAGACUUGCAUGUUAUUAUUACACCUCAGGAAUGAUAAUGUUCUGACCUUGUGACCUAUAUUUUAGAGCUGUCGGUGAGGUGGUUUCUAUCAUAUUUUAACAAAUCAUGUAUUUUUGUAUAAAAUGGCCCAAAAUAAAGUAUAAGAGUUAACUACU